UUGACACUCUCCACACCAUUUCCACAAGCCAUAACUCACAAAAAAAAAUCAAGAAAACAUCUCUAAGUCUUCUAAGCACAUAAAAAAAUGGCCUCAACAGCUCUCUCAAGCGCCAUCGUCGGAACAUCCUUCCUCCGCCGUCAAACAGCUCCUAUCAGCCUCCGUUCCCUCCCCUUAGCCAACACUCAAUCCCUCUUCGGUCUCAAAUCUGGCACAGCACGCGGUGGACGCGUCACAGCCAUGGCUACAUACAAGGUCAAGUUCAUCACUCCUGAAGGAGAGCAAGAGGUUGAGUGCGACGACGACGUCUACGUCCUCGACGCUGCUGAGGAAGCAGGAAUCGACUUGCCUUACUCUUGCCGUGCUGGUUCUUGCUCGAGCUGUGCAGGUAAAGUUGUGUCUGGAUCUGUUGACCAGUCUGACCAGAGUUUCCUCGAUGAUGACCAGAUUGCUGAAGGAUUCGUUCUCACUUGUGCGGCUUAUCCUACUUCUGAUGUUACCAUUGAGACCCACAGAGAAGAAGACAUUGUUUAAGACAAAAGCUCCGUAACAUGCUGCUUUUGAUGGUUUGAUAAUCAUUGUCUUUACAUUUUGGGUUGAGUGUGUUGCUACUUAGUCAAAUCUAUUGUUAUCUUCUGUAAUUGUUCUUGGUUUGGCCAACCUUUUGGUAAGAUCAAUGGAUAUUAAAAUUAUGAUCA